AUGAUGGAUGCAGCAAAAAAGAACAACAACAUGUUGCACCGGAUUUGGGGUGCUCUUAAUCGGAUCAAGGUGAUGAGAUCUAUGCGUACAGACAUCCCAGAAGAGGAAGAGGAAGAGGAAGAGGAAGAGGAAGAUGAUGAGAUGACUGAAGGAGAGGAUAACUGGGACCGGUCGAACACUUCUUCCAGCAGAGAGAAUGGAGGUACAGAGAUUUCUUCCGAGACACUUCUUCCAGUAGAUUCGAGUGAGUUUCGUCUUCUCCCAUCAGUAGAAGAUCCUAGCGAACAAGACUACCGCAAGUGGAUGAUGGAUGCAGCAAAAAAGAACAACAACAUGUUGCACCGGAUUUGGGGUGCUCUUAAUCGGAUCAAGGUGAUGAGAUCUAUGCGUACAGACAUCCCAGAAGAGGAAGAGGAAGAGGAAGAGGAAGAGGAAGAUGAUGAGAUGACUGAAGGAGAGGAUGAUGAGUUAGCGGAGGAGGCUGCACCGAGCGGAGAUAGACGCCUGCCUAGGAGGAGACACAGUCCAGGUCAAAGUGGGAGCGUCAGCCCUAAAGAGCCUUAG